AUGGCACGAUUCGAUCCCAGCAACCUCCCUGAGCAUGAGGAGGACCUCGACUUUUCAGAUAUCGAGGAAAGAUACCAGCUCUCCUUCGAGGAGGGUUUCGAUAAUAUCGUUGUCGUUGACAACAUCCCCAUCGUCGAUGAAAACAAGGAAGAGAAGCUGAUCCAGUUUCUCCGCAAGAUCUUCAAAAACGUGGGCGAGAUCAGGGAUAACCACUUUGUCAUGCCCAAGGCCCACAACGAAAAAGGCAAACUUGUGAGCAAAGGAUUCAUGUUUAUUGAGUUUGAGACCGCUGAACAGGCCUCGCUUGCUGUAAAGUUGAUUGAUGGCUUCAAGAUGGACAAAUCCCACACCCUGGCUGUCAACCGCUUCACAGAUGUCGAGAAGUACUCUUCGGUCGAAGAGGAGUUUCAUGCACCCCCCGAGGAGGAGUUUGUCGAGAAGGAGCAUCUUAAGUCUUGGUUGGCUGAUGAGCUCGGUCGCGACCAGAUGGUCAUCUAUCGCCACAAUGAAGUCCAGGUUCUCUGGAACAUGCAAAAAGAGCAGGCCCAGGUUGCCCACAGCAAGUCUAACUGGACCGAGACCUACAUUCAAUGGUCACCUCUUGGAUCUUAUCUGACUACCUUCCAUGCCCAGGGUGUCGCUCUCUGGGGAGGCGAGUCAUGGAAGAAGAUUAUUCGCUUUGUCCACCCUGGAGUCAAGCUGAUCGACUAUUCGCCUAAUGAGCGAUUCCUCGUCACUUGGAGCAACGAGCCCAUCGUCGUGCCUGAGGAGAACUAUGAUGGACCCUUUGGCCCCGAGGACGAGGGCAAUCAAAUUGUUAUCUGGGAUGUCAAGUCGGGGGCUCUUCUCCGUUCCUUCCCCUCGCUUGGUCCCCAGGGCCCUAGCACUCGUUCAACCGUCUCCUGGCCCGUGUUCAAAUGGUCGCCCAGCGAACGCUACUUUGCCCGUGUCACUCCUGGAUCGCAGAUCUCUGUGUAUGAGGCACCCAGUAUGGGUCUUUUGAACAAGAAGAGUAUCAAGGUUGAUGGUGUCGUCGACUUUGAGUGGGCCCCCUCUUCCACCGCCGAUAAGUCUGGCAAGGUCAAGGAGGACAUGCUUGCCUACUGGACUCCUGAGAUUGACAACCAGCCUGCCCGUGUGACCCUCCUCAAUAUUCCCAGCCAGGAGAUUAUUCGCACCAAGAACUUGUUCAAUGUCAACGACUGCAAGCUGCAUUGGCAAAGCCAGGGCGAUUUCCUCUGCGUCAAGGUCGAUCGCCACACUAAGAACAAGAAGGUCACCUACUCGAACUUAGAGAUCUUCCGUAUCCGUGAAAAGGACAUCCCUGUCGAAGUCGUCGAGGUCAAGGAAUCAAUCUUGGCCUUUGCUUGGGAACCUAAGGGCGAGCGCUUUGCGGUCAUCACCACCAGCGAUCCUAAUUUCACGUCCGCAACCCCCGGUUCGACCACCCUCAAGACUUCUGCUAGCUUCUACUACCUAGACAAGGGCAAGGGCAAGGAUACGCUUCAGUCGUUCAAGGUCAUCAAGACUUUGCCGGGCAAGUCUUGCAACACCAUUUUCUGGUCGCCCAAGGGUCGCAACGUUCUGUUGGCCACGCUUCGUUCCCAGACCGUCUGGGACCUCGAAUUCUAUGAUCUCGAUUUUGAGCCUCUUGAGUCGGCUGCAGCCAAGGUGCCAACGGGUGGAGAAAAGGACCCUGCAGCGUACUUGCAGCUUUUGGCCUCGGGCGAGCACUAUGGUGUGACAGACAUUGAGUGGGAUCCCUCUGGCCGCUUUGUGGCAACCAGCGCCUCGGUCUGGAGACACACGAUGGAGAACGGCUACCAGAUCUGGGACUUUAAGGGCCAGCUCCUGUACAAGGAGACGCUCGAAAAAUUCAAGCAGCUCGUGUGGCGCCCUCGCCCCAAGACUCUGUUGUCGAAGGACCAGAUUAAGAACAUUCGCAAGAACCUACGCGAGUACAGCGUCCGCUUUGACGAGCAGGAUAUGGAGUCAUCUUCGCAGGUUUCGAGUGCCGAGCGCCAGCGUCGUCGUCAGCUGCUCGAGGACUGGACCAACUGGCGCAAGCGCGUUGAGGCUGACUUGGCCACUGACCGUGCUGCGGCUGGACAGCAGAUAUCUGCAAGCGCGGAUGACGAGGAGGCCGAGGAGGUUGACGAGUGGAUCGAGGAGGUCAUUGACGAGAAGGAGGAGAUUGUCGCCUAA